AAUCCCAGUCUCUUAAAGUUGCUCCUCGUUCAAGAUGGCUUCCUUCACACGAUUACAAAAUUUUGCUCGUCUUCGACAUGUCAUUACGCUGCAAUCAAGACGAGGAGUCCAUCUCUACAGGCCAGCAUCGGCGCUCAAAGUGUUGUCGGGCUCUCAAAAUGCAUCUUGUUGUGGGAAAACAACACCCUUUAGCAGACCGGGCCUUCUAACACCAAAGCUGUCAAUCAAUGCGAGUGUGCGUCUCUUGAGUGACACGACAGAUGACAGAUCAGUUGAGGAAUCCAGUGAGACUUCUGGUGAGGAUGUGGAAGAACCGUUAGAUGCUGCUCAUGUCAUCACAAAAAACGAAACUGUCACAGGGACUCCCAAAAGGCAGGAAUUUCAGGCGGAGACCAAGCAACUCUUGGAUAUUGUAGCCAAGUCACUCUACUCAGAAAAAGAGGUCUUUAUUCGAGAAGUGAUCUCCAAUGCCUCUGAUGCCCUUGAGAAGGUCCGUCACUUUUUCCUGACUGGGAAAGACGUGAGCGAGACUGAGACUUCUCUUGAAAUCAUGAUUGAGACUGACCAGGAGGCAGGGACCUUCACAAUUCAGGAUAAUGGUGUAGGGAUGACAGAGGAGGAACUUAUGGAUCACUUGGGAGUCAUUGCUAAGUCAGGAUCAAAAGUUUUCAUGGAAAAGCUGAAGAAUGAAGCGCGGUCGUCACAUGAGAACAUUAUUGGCCAGUUUGGUGUGGGGUUUUACUCUACCUUUAUGGUCGCAGAUAAAGUAGAUGUUUAUACUAAAUCUUAUCAGCCCGACAGCCAAGGGUACUUCUGGACAUCUGAUGGCUCAGGAUCAUAUGAGUAUGCCGAGGCAAAUGGCGUUGCCAGGGGAACAAAACUGGUGUUGCAUCUUAAGGAGGACUGUAAAAGAUUUGCAAUGAAAACUGCAGUUGAAGAUAUUGUACAACGCUACAGCAACUUUGUUGGCUUCCCUAUCUACCUCAAUGGUGUCUGUAUCAAUACUAUUCAGCCCCUUUGGACCCUGGAACCAAGGGAUAUAAGCAAAGAGCAGCAUGACGAGUUUUACCAGUUCCUAAGCAAAGGUUACGACAAGCCCCGAUACUACCUCCACUACAAGACUGAUGCACCACUGAAUAUCCGUAGUAUAUUUUACUUCCCCGAGACCCUCCCCCAGAUGUUUAACAUGCAGCAGAUGGAGUCUGGGAUAUCAUUAUACAGCCGGAGAGUACUUAUACAGGCGAAAGCUGAGAAGGUGUUACCCCGAUGGCUUCGGUUCAUCCGCGGUGUGGUAGACAGUGAAGAUAUCCCUCUAAACCUCAGCCGUGAGCUGCUCCAGGACAGCGCCCUCAUCAAGAAGCUAAGCAACGUGCUCUCUGCACGCCUGGUCAAGUUUCUGCAGGAACAGGCGCGCAAGGACCGUGUCAAGUACGAGAAAUUCUUCAAGGACUGUGGGAUUUUCAUCCGCGAGGGAGUGGUGACGACUGAGGACGAAGAACAGAAAGAGGAAAUCGCCAAGUUGUUGUUGUUUGAGUCCUCUAACGAGAAACCAGGAACGCUCACUAAUUUACCUGCUUAUGUCUCUCGUAUGAAGCCAACGCAGAAGAAAGUGUACUACUUGUGCGCUCCCAGCCGAGACCUGGCAGAGACGUCUCCAUACUACGAGACGCUGAAGCAAAACGACGUUGAGGUGCUCUUCUCGUACAAUGAGCAAGAUGACGUGGUACUUCACUACCUGAGGAAGUAUGAGAACAAGGCAGUAAUUUCUGCCGAGAACUUCCUUUCGGAGGCGGAAGACACGAAGCCCAAGAAUGAGCCUGAAGUCGAGGAUGUCACACCUGAAGAAGGAAUGCUGUCUGAGCAAGAAGGGAAAGACCUCGCCGGGUGGAUGAGCUCCAUACUCGGCCCGACUCGCGUGGUGGGCGUGAAGGUGUCAAAGAGACUGGCCAAUACCAACCACCCGGCCAUGAUAACUGUCCCGGACAUGGUCGCCGCCAAACACUGGCUCAAGCUCAUCAAGACAGAGCAUAACAAGGAGGUGGAAAACAUGAAAUACCAAAUUAUUCAACCCACCCUGGAGAUCAACCCCAAACACGAUCUUAUCAAGAGACUUGAGAAAGCAAGGGGUAGCAACACUGAGCUAGCCACGCUUAUUACCAAUCAGAUGUACGAUAAUGCUCUGAUAGCAGCCGGCCUGAUGGAGGAUCCACGCGCGAUGGUCGGCAGACUCAACACCCUCCUCGUAAAAGCCUUAGAAUCAUGGCGUCACCACAGGCGGCCCAUAGAUUAAUCAGCAAUCAAAAGAAAGCCCGCGACCCACCAAUUAAAAAGCGCAAGACACUUAAAUGACGCUUUAUAUGAAACACAUACUUCACUUGUUUGCUUGGUGUAGUAGAGAAACAAUAUGAGGCGGAGAAGUACUUUUAGUGACCGUUGAAGCAACUAAAGAAUCGGAAUUUCAAUUGGGGACUUUCUUUAAGAGAUCACGUGGCCCUUCUGGGUGGCAAAUUCAUACCCAAAUAGUCAUUUGAAUAUGACUGCGCCUGUCACACCGGAGAACGACAAAUAAUUAAAAUCUUUGAAUGAAAUUAAACAUUUUCUUAAAAGAAUUAUGGCUUUUUUCGUAAACGCUGAAAAGGUUGCAUUUUGUUGCUGUUAUUUUGCCGCUAAAAGCCUGAGCGCGCGCUAGUUUGGCACCCAAAAAGUCACGUGAUCUCUUACCUCAAGGCCCCUAUUCAAUAGUAACGCCGACUACGACAACCGAGGAGUUGAUAUAUCACGAUUUUAUAACGAUAUUUUAUGACUGCGCCAUCCGAAAUUUCCGACUUGUCGAACGAUUGUUUGCGGAAAUGAGAUAGAGGGUCUAGUGUUCUACUGGCCUCGAAGUGAGACACCAUAACGUAACCACAAGGCAGACGAGGAAUGAAUAAAACGCAUGUGUUGAUGCCAAUUGCUGACAUCAUCACUUGUUAUGGGCCGACCAGCCCUUCCCAUAA